CCUUGUCAUCGGAAACCGUUCGUCGAUCUUCAUUCAUUUGACAAUCGAAAAAAUAUCAACUGACAUUCGGCUUCUGGAAACGUUUAUAUUCGUUAAAUACGAAGAUUCGGGGUGACUUGACAAGRCAGAAAAACUGAAUAUUACAUUGGGUUAAGUGAAUAUAAUACGAAGCGAGAGGCGUUUGGUUGGCUUCCGAGACUAUUCCUCUUCAUUUUUCUAUCGAAAUUCUCAAAGCAUAAAAAAACAGCAUGUGUUUAACCAAACUGUGAAGCCGGCAAUAUGGUACAAACUGUGUCCCAGCAACAACACGAACUGAACACCAUGAAAAGCAUCGAGAAAAAUGAUUUCCCAGACAUAAUAAACCUGAAUGUGGGCGGCCAUUACUACGUAACAAAACGAUCAACGUUAACCCAGGACAGCGAGUCAAUGUUGGCCGUGAUGUUUAGUGGUCGGUACRACAUCGAUAAGGACAGCGAAGGGAGGUACUUCAUUGAUCGUGAUGGCGCGUAUUUUGGUUAUAUUCUAAACUUCUUGAGAGACAAUCUGGAAUUGCCUCCACCUUCCGUGUCCGUCCAGGUAUACAAAGAAGCUCAGUUCUACCAGGUCCAAAGUUUGAUCGAAAAACUCGAAAGAAAUCCUCAUGUUUUCGCAAUGAAGCUCGACGAAGCUAAAAAGUCCAAACUCGGGAACUCGUUUGUAAAAUGGAAAGAAGUAGUUGUGAGUACUGCGCAGCUGAAAAGCAUGAAAGAGUUGACCACAUCGACUCGAGUAAACCUACUUUCCAAGGACGACAGUGUUAACCUUUUUGAAUGCUCCGAGUGUAUUGCACAAAUGAAUCAUAGCAUCGUCGUGUCGAGCUCGUCGAAGAAUUCGAUACAACAGCAGCAGUCGUACGAGAAGUUAAAACAACGGUUGUCAAAUUCUGAUGUUUUGGUCGAUAUAUCGAGAGAAAACAUGGAGCUCUUUGUACACCUGCUCAAAGACGAACUGGAGAAGGAAGGAUACUCGUGUAAGGCUUGGAAGGAGGAGAUCAAAUGUAAGAAUGUGAGGAUGUUUUAUGGCAUUGCUGUAGAGGAAUGUGGGUUUUGUUUGAAUGAGUAUUACAUGGCAUUUGAGUGGGUUUUACCCCAACAUGCAAAGACUUGAUUACUAUGACUAUAGACAAAGUUACAAAGAAAUAUUGUAUAGAGUAUUAUCAUCACACACCGUUGAAAACACGGCCAAUCAAAAUACAGGAAAGCCGUUGUGUAUUGGGGGUACGAUAUUCCACUGUUUCUUCCCAUCAGACAUGCCUACGUACUAUCAAUGGUGUGGGAUUAAUUAUUUAUCGUGGCAUGCCAUGGUCAUUUUCUGAGGUACCCAACUUGGUGCAUUGUGGUCUAGCCUCAGUACGAAUGUAUUUUGGUCAUCAUGCCUUAUAUGGUGUUGUUCAGUUGUACUCAAGCUAGACCAUAAUGCAUCCUGUUUAUGGAACUCAGAAAAGGACUGUGGAAUAUUCCACUUGGCAUUUGURUUUUCUUGGAAAACACACACUGCAGAAGUCUUGUUUGUGUAAUAGAAAAUACUAAUGCUUCGCGGUACAUCACACGUUAUGCCACUCAACUACUAUGGUAUAAAUCAUAUAGAACACCAAUGAAAAAGGAAGCUAUUUAAACGAAGAAAGAAUAGAUAAGAGUUAUAUUACGAAAAAUUAUCAAAAAUAUUUAUGUCAAGUUUCUGUUAAGGAAUAAAAAAUCA